AUGGGUGUCUUUGGGUCUGUCAAAUUUGGUUUCUUGAUGCAAGGUUUCUUGGAUCCUGACGGAAUUGCCGUAUUACUAUAUUUCUGGGUUUUAUUCGCUUCUUCGUCAGUGAUGGCUGCCAAAAUUCUUGCCAAUGUGAUUGUAUUGGGCUCGGCAGUGUUGGGCAGGGCUUUCGUCCAAGCAUACCGUCAGGCACUCUCAAAUGCUUCAAAGUCUGGUGUUGCUCGGGAAGCAGUACAGAAUAUCAGAAGAGCAAGCAAAUCUAUGGCUGAACCAGAGGCAAGGCAGGUUCUAGGUGUCACAGAGCAUGCAUCAUGGGAGGAGAUCUCGCAGAGGUACGACAGCUUGUUCAAGCAGAAUGCCACAAACGGAAGCUUUUAUCUUCAGUCAAAGGUCCAUAGAGCUAAAGAAUGCUUAGAAGGCGCUUAUGCGAAGAAGGCUCAGGGGACUACGGAUGCAUAA